AACCGAACAAUCGCAAUAAUUGAUGCUGUUUCCAUAACAACUGUGUUGAACAAAAAGCCUUUUACCUUUCUAGCAGGGUUUGAACCUAUAGGUAUCGGAUGGGUUCACAUGAAAGAAGCGAAAAGUUAACCUGGUCGAAUAUUAUUUAAUAAGUGCAUUUAUGUUUAGAGUAUCACGCUUGAACACUACCUAUCUGUGAGUUAAUAAAUAUUUUUGCGUGAUUUGCUGUAAUUUCAAUAAUGUUCGUGCAGUAUCUUGUCAUCUUGUUACAUUGGCCAUCGACAACAGAACAUAACAGUAAUUAAUUAGCCAACUACGAGCUCACCAUUCAGUGAUGCUUGUAGAUGCAAAGAUAACUCAGGUAUUCAGAAAUUAAGCCGAUGUUAUAUAAAUGCUGAUUACAUGUACACACAUAUAAUAAAUUUCUAUAUAAGUUGGGGAGAAGUAGACACAAGUUCAUAGUCUAGUUAAAAAUGCUACCCAACUUACUGGAGCACAUAUUUUACUUCGCAUCACUCUACGUACUUGUGGUCGUUGUUCAGGCAGUUAAAUAUGACUUUGUCGUAGAAAACGAGGACGUGUUUACGCCAUGCGAAGACUUUCCAGAUAAAUUCAUAGAUAAGUUCUUCGACAUUUCUGGUUUAUCCUUUGAGCGGGAAGCCGACCUUAUAAAAGUCACCGGAGAUGUCAAGCUGAUCCAUGAAUUCGAUAAAGCUAUUCCUAUUCAGCUUGAUGCGCAGAUAUAUAAGAGGUCGCGCGGAGAGUGGGUUGACACUAUCUACAAUAUUCGCCGACCGGAUUUUUGUCCGACGCUGUAUAGUGAAAACGAGCUGUGGUUUAUAUUCACUAAAGUGGUGCCGGAGCAAGACCGCAAGUGUCCGCCGCAGCCUGGUCUCACAAUAUCGUUCGACUCGCUGUUCGGUUUGUCGUAUGAUAUAUAUGAUCGCAGUGCUGAGGGCGAGUAUAAGUUAAAAGUCAUGAUAGGCCAAGGAAAAGACAUCAUGUGCUUCGAAAUUGAGUCGAGUGUCUACAAAAGUGAUUGAAUGUCUCUGUGUUUAGAUGUUUGUAUAUAAAAUUUAUUGAAUAAAUUGAUGCUAAUAAA